ACGUACGUGCUGACGUUACGUUUCGCUCUUCGGUACUGUGUACGAACGCUAGAGCGCAAUGGCGGGGUGCCGGGGUUCUUCUUCGAGAUGGUUCUUCACCCGGGAGCAGUUGGAGAGCACGCCGUCCCGCCGCUGCGGAGUCGAGCCAGACAGAGAGUUGUCGUAUAGACAGCAGGCGGCAAACCUUAUUCAAGACAUGGGUCAGAGGCUCAACGUCUCUCAACUCACCAUAAACACUGCAAUAGUUUACAUGCAUAGGUUUUAUAUGUACCAUUCUUUCACAAAGUUUCACCGAAAUAUAAUUUCUCCGACCACCUUAUUCCUGGCUGCCAAGGUUGAGGAGCAACCUCGGAAACUUGAGCAUGUGAUUAAAGUAGCGCACGCCUGUCUAAACCCACAGGAACCCCCUUUAGACAUAAAGAGUAAUGCCUACCUCCAGCAAGCUCAAGAGCUGGUGAUACUUGAAACCAUAGUCCUGCAGACUCUAGGCUUUGAGGUAACAAUUGAUCACCCACAUACUGAUGUUGUGAAAUGUUCCCAGCUUGUGCGAGCGAGCAAGGAUUUGGCACAGACUUCCUAUUUCAUGGCUACCAACAGCUUGCAUCUCACCACCUUCUGCCUGCAGUAUAGACCCACAGUGAUAGCCUGCGUGUGCAUCCACCUGGCUUGUAAAUGGUCCAACUGGGAGAUACCAGUCUCCACCGAUGGGAAGCACUGGUGGGAGUAUGUUGACUCCUCAGUCACGCUGGAGCUGUUGGAUGAGCUGACCCAUGAAUUCCUGCAAAUUCUGGAGAAGACGCCAAGCAGGCUGAAGCGGAUCCGGAACUGGAGGGCAACCCAGGCUGCCAAGAAACCCAAGAGUGAGAUUCAAGUGAAUGAUGGUUCACUCCCUGGCCCAUCAUCUGUACCUCCAUCAGCCCAGCAGCCCUCCCUGGUGGACAGCAUGCCAGGGAUCUCCACCAGUACUGCCUUUCCCAAAGCCUCUGUGACCUUCCCUGCCCCUUUGGCAUCUACUUCUGGGGGAGCUCUGUCCUUGGACAGCCUUGAGGGCAUACCGGGUACACCCUACACCUUCACUGCCCCUACUGACUGGCCCCAGGAGCCCCCUAUCCCGAAUGAGGUGCCUGGAUUGCAACCACCACACUCUGUGUCCCAGACAUUGCUUCUUGACAGACCUGACCACAAGGCUGAUUCAGGGACAAGGCACCCACAGAGUGCCCAAAGGAUGACCUUAGACAAGUACCGUGAGAAGCAUGCCGCAGAGCUGGCAAACCAGAGGCGCAGGCAGGAUGUGGGCCUGGAGGCCCCUGCAGCCCUGCCCUCUUCAGAGCACCACAGGAAGCAGUUACACCCCCAUCAGGGGCCAAGCAAUGCCUCUGAGACCUCCCCUCUCAAGACAAAGCUGCCUGCCACAGGGCCUGAUCACCAUAUGGUGGAUAAGCGGGACAAGAGUGGCCUCAAGGUGCGCCUGCCCAUCCCACUGACUGACAAGAGCGAUGCUGGCCGGGAGGAAUUAAAGAUGAAGAUCAAAGUGUCCUCAGAGCGUCACAGCUCCUCAGAUGAGGGUGGAGCCAGGAACAAACUUUCCAGCCCACUUGUGAGCAAAGAGAAGCACCGGGACCACCCCACCCAUCGUCACCACAAGCAUGCCCACCUUCACCCUCACAGUGGGAAUGGCCGGGGGGCCCUUGAGGGGGUCCUCCGGAGCCCGGUAGGUGUGAGUGCCGAGGGCUCUGGCUCCGGCUCCUCCCGGAAGAGGCUGCACCCCGAGGUCGCCUCCCACAACAACCACUCCAAAACGAGCAAAAGUUCGAAAAGUGCAGGUAGUUCCUCUCGUUGUUCCUCUGUACAGCACUGUGUGUCCUCUGACGACUCUGUUCUUAACCUACCCUUCCCCCCUCCUCCCCCUGUUGCAUACCAGGUGGGCUACGGACAGCUCAGCACCCCAGUGAAACUGGACAGGAGUCCAGUGGGGAGCCACGGCCCUGAGGGCUCCGCCCCUGGCCACGCCCACAACCCUGCCCCCCAGGCUAACGGCCAACACAUGGACUACAAAGACACAUUCAAUAUGCUUAAUUCACUCUUAAGCGCCCAGGGAAUGAACUUGUGAACAAGGAGGCAAAGAGGGGACAAUGCAGAGCAGCAGGAAUUGUGACUUAAGGUCUUAAAUUUUAAAAAGGAAUAAUAAAGCUUUAGGUCUUCUUGCUGAAUCCUGACAGCAUAUAUUCUACAUGCUCGCCACUUUGUCCUUUGUAUGAAGUGGGUUCUGAUGGGAUAUGUAUUGUGAAAGUUAAUUUCCAACAAAUUGUAUUCCACAUGCUGUAAAGGCAUUAUUUUUGCAUAAAGGCAGUAUUUAUUAUUUGGAACAGUAUUUUCAUGACUGUAAACCUGCCACGAGAAGCAAGAGCAGCCGCUUUCUAAUCGCUGCAUGACCAUGUUCUGCUGAAGGCAGGGCUCAUAGUGCAGCCCAGGAAGUGGGAUUUUUAGUUAUGUAGGUCCUUAUGUCAUUUUCCCUUUUUUUUAAACUUUAUGUAUGAUUUGCAUGUUUCAAUCACAAAGGGAUGAAACGGGAUGCAGAUGACUGUUUACAGAACAUGGAGACAUAUGUACAUACAUUUUUGUAUGUUAAACUGAUAUACCAUAAAUACUCAGGUUUGGAGCUGCUUGUAAGUAACAUAAUAUAAAUAUACAAUUGUUAAAAAGUAAAUUGUAGGUAGAUCAAAGUGCAGCAUUCCUAUCAUGCUGCUUUUUGAGCCUGUAGUUUGCAUGGCUGCCAGGAGAAGCUGUCAUAAUGUCUGAGCAGUUGAGGCCCAGUCUGUCUUGUCACCUUUCAUGUACUGAGAUCACAUGAUGCGGAGGCUCUAUUUGCCCUCUAAGACAUCGAGGCAAAUGCCAAAGAAUGUGCCUCAAAUUUAAAUACAGUAAUACAAGUAUAAAUAAAGUUUACAUAAUCUUUGCUAAGUGCAUUUAAAGUCUCCCUUGGCUCAUUGUGGUUGCCUAGACCCAGAGCCUUGUAUCGAUAAUGGUAAAUGUAGGAUUAUUAACAUUAACACCAUGAAAUUAGUAACUGAGCAACAAAGCAAUUGGUUUCACAAGUUGUGUGGUUUUUUUCUGGUCUGUUUGUCAUGACUUGUUUUCAAACAUUUCUUCGGGUUGUUCUCAAUUGUAGUCUUUUACUGUGUUCUGACUUCCCAGAAGAAGCCAGGACAGUGUGUUCCUACUAUCUAUACAGCAAUCUUUUCAGUGCAGCAGUGAGUGGUACAAAAGCUGAGCUCGAAUCUUGACAACCAGUUUUUCCAUUCAAAAUUCUUAAAAUAAAUAAGGUUACCAUUACCUUAAAUCUGAUUUUUGGAGUCUUGUCCCUGGUUCUUUUUCUGUGGGGAAAAAGGUGAAAUGUUGGAAAAAUGCACCAAGACCACUUUAAUACAAACUAUUGGGCAACAGCAAUUAUAAUUGGUAUUUAACAAGAGUCCAGUUUCUACGAUGGUAAUAUUUGAGCAAUAAUACAGUAGAACACCAGAAGCUAUUUGCCCAGUUUACUUAUUCUAUUGCAGUUGUCAGUGAUGGGUAAAGCAAGUAAAAUGCAUGAAUGAGUUCAGUGCUUACAACCCUCUGAAUAAAGAUUGGAGUUGCUCUAACCUCAUUUAGAGGUGCACUCUGUUUUAAUAUGCAUUUCUUUUUUGGUAUUUUAAAUGCAGUGUCAAUGUUGGGGCAGCAGGUGGGCUAGUGGUUAGAG